UUGUCCACUUCAGCUGCUGCGUGGGAAGUGAAAGAAGAGGCACCCAGCAGCAGUGUGAAUUGCUGCCUGCAUUGUCUCCAACACCGAGCGCAGGCGUUCGUCGUGAAGUACCUGAAACCGAGGAGUCUGUCAGUGGGGUGCACAUGGAAGGUGACCAGAAGUACUCGCCUACCAACGGGGCUGCGUCGACGAUGGAGCAGGCAGGCAAGGCGGAUGAAGACUCUUCGCGGAAUGUAACCACCAACGAUUCGAUGCAGCACAGCAUUGACCGUGAAGAGGACACGGAUGUCCUCACUGCCGUGGGCACGAACAGCAGCACAGACCCAGCAACUGCCCACCGCAAUGAUAACGUGUCGGGUGGCGCUAAUGCCGCACCGACUCAUUCGAGCACAGCGCCUGUGGAAACCAAGAUCCCAUCGGAGCUCAAUGCAACAAUACCCUCGGACCAUGAACUUUUGCUUGAGCACGGGCAGCUCGGCGAUUUGGCGGCCAUGGCUCUAAUUGGUGACAGCACCGUGCACGGAUGUGUGUCUCGGGUGUUGUUGCUGCUGCUUCUGGGGCUGUGGGGCACUGCGGCUCUCUGCUGA